UGUCUGGUCUUGUAGGAUUGACAUCGUCGCGAUCAAAGAGGUUUGACGGCUACGCUUCCGUUUCCUCUUUUCUUGCCUGCCCGUCGCAACGUUUCCUUCCUGAACGUAUUGAUCGGAUUCUUUGAUCAUGCGUACCUCGACUUCGGUGGCGGCGCUCGCGCUCGCGUUCCUCCAGACCACAACCGCUUUGAACUCGGCAGUGCAGCGCAAGUACAAUCUCCUUGCGGACAUGGGCCUCAAUCCCGACGGAUCGUCUAUGGACCUCCCAGCUGUUGAUAACCCCGCCAUCGACAUUGGCUCUCUCAAAGCUCUGAAAGCGACCACUGCUUCAGACGACCAAUCCGUCUCAAUCACCGCUGCCGAAAAGAUCCUUCCGGAGUAUGUUAAACUGCCGCUCGACAACUUUGCAAAGGACAAGAAUCAGGACUAUUCGUAUCACGGGUCCUUUUUCAAUAGAUUCUGGGUGGCGGAGAGCAGUUACAAGACCGGCGGACCCGUGUUCAUCUACGAUGUCGGAGAGGCCAAUGCAGAAUCGAAUGCGCUCUUCAGGUUGCAAAAUGAGACGAGCUUUUUCAAACAGAUGGUGGACUCGUAUGGAGGCAUAGGGAUAGUCUGGGAACACAGAUACUAUGGCAACUCAACACCAGAGCCAAUCGACAUCAACACUCCACCAGAGGCUUUCAGAUUUCUCACCACAGAGCAGUCGCUAGCAGAUGUAGACCGCUUCGCUAAACAAUUCGCUCGAAAGAACAUCAACUACACAUUGACGCCCGAUAAGACUCCAUGGGUCUUCGUCGGUGGCUCUUACCCGGCUAUGCGCGCAGCUUUCAUGCGCGACCAGUACCCGGAAACCAUUUACGCCAGCUAUGCGUCCUCGGCGCCCGUCCAGGCGUCCGUCGACCAGAGCUUCUAUUUCGAGCCAAUCUGGAGAGGACUAAACAAGUAUGGCUUUGGCAACUGCUCAAGAGAUAUCCAGGCCGCCACGAGGUAUAUGGAUAGGAUCAUGGACAAGGACCACGCUGGUGCGGCGAAACUGAAGGAACAAUUCCUCGGCCGUGGUGCCGCCAAGAACUCUCAUGCUACCUUUGCUGAUGCUCUGACUACCAUCUUCGCCACCUGGCAAUCAUAUGGUGUGGAGAGUGGUGUGACGGGCCUCCGUCGAUUUUGCGAUUGGAUCGAGACGGAUCCUGAUACGCGGACGUUGGCGCCAGCUGAAGGGUGGGCCAAGUCAAAGGGUGCCAAUUUCACCGUAGCUAGAUGGGCGACGUAUCCCUGGUUUGCAGCCAACGUCAACAACUUAAUGGAAACGGAGUGCUCUGGGAAGGCAAACGUUACGGGAAAUUGCGACCUGGACAGGAAGUUCACUGAUCCGGCAUCCAUCGCGUGGACGUGGCAGUACUGCACGCAGUGGGGAUACUUCCAAUCCGCCAACCUCGGCCCCAACCAACUCGUGUCAAAAUACAACUCCCUCCACCACCAACACGACAUCUGCCACCGCCAAUUCCCCACAGCGCCUCGCUCCCUACUCCCGGACUGGCCCAACGUCGACCGCACCAACGCCGUCUUCGGAGGCUGGAACAUCCGCCCCUCAAACACAUACUGGUCCAACGGCGAGUUCGACCCCUGGCGAACCCUGAGUCCCGCCAGCGCAGAGCCGUUCGCGCCAAAGGGUGUGAAGCGCUUCACCGACGCGCCGAAAUGCGGAGAAAAGCAGAGCCACUGGGAGCUUUUCGGCUAUGUGCUGCCGGAUGCGCAGCAUUGCUAUGAUUUCCGCACUACGUUUGCUGGCGGGGCGAUUUCGAGGCAGUAUUUUACUACUGCGUUGACCAAGUGGUUGAAGUGCUUUAAGCCGAGGGGCGGCAAGCCGGGGCGGCCGUGGAGGGCGUAAGGGGAGAUGGUGGGCGGGGAGUGUUGUUGGAUGGGAUGAUGCCAUGACUAUAUUGAAAUAUAUCUUUUAUUAGCAAGGUGUUUGACUUGUCUUUGCUCAGGUCCGCCUUGUAUGAGUACAAAAUACAGAGCUACUAACACAUUAACUCGUCAACUAUUUGUUGGUUACGAACUACGGGGCCAUACUUCAUCAGUUCUAAUGGGCUAGGAGAAACGAGCUGGUGACUGACUGUAAAAAGAGACAAUAGCUGGACUUUGCACGGACUUGCUCAAGAUGACUGAAUUGUUGAGAAUAAUUGAGGUGAGAUGUCUUCAGGGGCUGUACGUGAAAAUACUGUGAUCGAGGGGCUUC